AUGAAGGCCACCACCAACAUCCUCCUCGCCGGCCUGGCGGCCCAAGCCUCGGCCCUGGUGCAGAUGGAAGUCCGCUACAGCGACAACAUGAUCGACGUGGGCAACCUCGACCUCUUCGCGGCGACGUGGCAGGCCAUCUACGCCGAGUCGGGCAACACGCGCGCCAUCAUGACGGACCGCUCCUUCGGGACGCAGACGAACGAGUGCACGCACGCCGACGACUACGACCCGGACGUGACGGUGCAGGUCAAGAUGAACGGCGCCUGGGGCCGGACGCCCGGCCUCAGCGACAACCAGAUGCGCGACGGCCUGGUGCAGUCGGCGUGGGAGGUCCUCAGCCGGGUGGCGGAUCCGUACGGCUACGAGGUCUUCAACGGCUGCCGCGGCCUCACGUGGAUGGAGAGCGUCGGCUACACGUCGGACGCCGCCUGCGGCCGCCUCAGCGCACGCAACUGCGAGUACCCGUGCCGCAACGAGAACUCGCCCGGCCUGGCCCAGUGCAUGAACCACACCUGGGGCCACAAGGUCCCCUCGUCGCUGCGCGUGACGGCCUACAUCGACGGCCGCCUCCAGCCGGACGACCUGAUCAUCGAGUUCGCCGCCAGGUCCAACGCCGUCUCCGGAGGCUGCGGCUGGGUCGGGACCAUUGCUGGUGCCCUUGCCGGUUUCAUUCCCGUCGGCGGCGACCUGUUCGCCGCCGGCAUCGACAUUGGCUGCAGCACCUAG